AUGCCACACAAUAAGGUCACAGUGUAUCUUAAUGAAACACCAGAAGAACUUGAGACAAAACAUUUAGCUAAAAGAGUUUACAUUUAUUUCACAUUGUUGAUUGAUUAUAUUAGUUACGGGAUAAAUUAUUUAAUAUCAUUGAUUCUAAAUAAUUUCUUUGGGCAUCCGAAACCUAGUCUUCUUCACACUCCAACGCCUACAUUUCAUCCUGUGGUAUUAGUAACAGGAACUUCCGCGGGAAUAGGAAGGGAUGUAGCAUUGACUUUGGCAAGAAAAGGUUAUACCGUAUUUGCUGCAGUUCGUAAAGUUGAAGAUUUUGAAUUAUUACUUCAAGAAUUUAGAGAUAUAACGGUAACAAAUGAAAACCAUGGAACACUAAACUGCGUCUUAAUGGACGUCACAAACUGCAAUGAUAGGCAAAGAGCAUACGAUACUAUUCGUCAUGCUAUCGGACGAGAUACACCAUUCGUGGGUUUGCUGAAUGUUGCAGCAGCAAUUAUUUAUUUGCCUGUUGAAGUUGCUUCGGAUUUAGCAAUUCAUGACACUUUUGAGACUAAUUUAUUUGGUAUAAUUCAUUUGACGAAAUUAUUUUUACCGUUAUUAAGAGAAAGUCGUGGAAGAGUUGUAAAUAUUGGGAGUAUGGCCGCUUGGAAUUCUACUUCAUCGAUGGCCAUAUAUUCUGCAUCUAAAGCCGCUUUAAGAGCUCUUACUCAUACUUGGAGGCAGGAAGUUCGUUCAAUGGGAAUUAACAUGAUACUAGUGGAACCAGGCAUGAUCGAUACCCGAUUCACUCAAAAAGUACAUCAGGAUUUCCAGGAAUUUACUGGAUUCUCAAAUUCUCCUUAUUGCGAAAAGCUUCAGAAUGUUAAUCUGAGGACUUUGGAAAUCUACGAAGCACAAUUUAAAAUUUUUGGAAAGUUCUGUGAUGAAGCGAUCGAUUCCGCAGCUCCUCCUGGAAUUGUCACCGAUGCUAUUUUACACGCUUUGACUUCUCGAUUCCCAAAAACUACUUAUUAUGUCGGCAUGGACUCUAAAGUCUUGGCAUCGUUGAACUGGUUAUUAGGAGAACGUAUUUCGGAAGCAAUACAAGCAAGGAUUUUUGGUUUUUAA